UGGGGUGGUGGGCAUAUAGUCGAGAAUGACUUUCGAAAAAGACUCAGUCAAAAGCGAAGGGAACAGACGAAGCCGACCAUGACGCCUAAGUGGUUUUUCCUCACUCUGGUGAUCGGCCUUUCCGCCGCGGAAUCGCCGCCGUAUCGGCCACGAGGCUGGCGUCCAUCCGGUCAGUCCUUCAGCCCAGGAAAAUUUGGGUCCUACGGCCCCCCGGUACCCCCCAACACUUACGGGCCCCAAAACGAAACCCCGACCACGAUCUCCACAACGACCACGACCCAGGCACCGACGACGACGACACCGAGGAGCAGAGAACCGACGACACCCUUUCCGGAGGAUGAUAAUUUUGGAAACCCGGCCCUUGCCGUCGCAAAUUCGUUUGCUUUCAACAGGCCCGUUUACGUCUACAACGGUUUUCCUUAUUUGUCCGGUUACACGGUGUUGAAGUGACGAAUUAUGGAUGAUUUAUCUUCUGUUUUGUGAAAUUACCGUCAGCGAUACGCUAGCUUGUUCCUUUCAUUUUUUUUUUUUUUUUUUUGUCUUAUUAAGAUAAGUGAGGUCUGAUGACCGAAACAAAUAAAAAAACCAUACAUGAAAGAAAGAAAAAAAAGAAAAAUUGCGUACAACGAGAUUCGAGAAGGUGUCGAUGUUUUCUUGUUCUCUGUUUGUUGCUUUUUAUAGAUCGACGAUAAAACUCGAGGGAAUUGGUCAGCAUCCGAAGGGUGGGAAAAUUGGCAAGUGAAUUAUUUCGAAUCUGAACUUUGCAAUUAAAUUACAGACGACGAAGCCAAUAGACUUACAAUCCCAUAAAAUUGUCCAAACGUAAAAAGAUGUUAUAGUAAUAUCAUCUGGCGAUUCAAUACAACUGACAUGAAAAACUCAAAAACUGGUAUUUUUAUUUUCUUUCGAAACAAGCUGGAAAUCUUGAAGAAUUUGAUUGUGCUGGCUCAAAAUAUUAUUUGAAAAGUGAACGAUUUAUUUGUUUUUUUUUUUGUUGAUAGUACUGUUAAAGUAAGAAAUUUCUUGUACCGUAAACAAAUAUUUCAUUCAACAUAUCAGUGCAGGA